AAUCCUGGCAGUGAAGCCUGGCCCGAAAUACCGUUCGCUUUGCUAGGGAUGCGCAUUUGAAAUAAGGACACUUUUCGUCCUUGUGUAUGUCUCCAGGACCCCAAACCAAAACUUUAAAAACAAAAGUUACACUGGCUGAUUACAAAUACACCAUAUCUUCAAAAUUAAUACUACUUUCCAACGCUUCGUUUUCGAUGUGCACCUCCAGCUGCGGAAUGUUGAUACUACGCAGGCGUGUAGGUAGGUUACAAUUGUCUUCAUUGAAGCAAAAAAUGCCACCGCAGUGACUCCAUCCUCAGAUGCAGUCAUUUCCCACCAGGGGAGGCGGCGCCCUGCGGAGCGUGGCUGGCCUGGUGCGUAAGUCAAGGGGACGAGGGCGGCGCCAAACCAGCAGCGCCAGGGCGUUUCCCCAGGGUUUCCGGAGACUGAAACCAAAGGGCUCCCGGCGGCCAGGCCCCCUCGGGAGAAUGUCAGGAAGGGGCAGAGAGCAGUAAGCGUGCCCAAACCGCGAGGUUAAAACACGCAACACCGACGCGAUGCGCACCGUGCGCCUCCCCCGUGGGCCGCCCGGACCUCCCGGCCUCCGCAGCGUCGCCCCGCGGCAGAGGGCGCGCUGGGUUCCGCUUCCCGGCCGUGCCUGCGCGGCCGGCGCCGCGGGUCCCCAGGGCGCGCUGACGUCACCGUGCGUCGACGUGGGUUCGGCCGGGCUUGGGGGCUUCGGGAACGCCGGAGCCGGGAAGCCGCGCCCGCCGCCUCUCCGCCUCUCCUGCUGAGGCGAGCGACGCCCCGGCUUUGAGGCGGUUUCCAGGCAGCCGCGCAGCUUCCGCGCUGGGAGCGUCGGGCCGCGGUUUACAGCCCUGAAGAGUCUUUUUCCCUCCUAUUUUUCCCAUUGCAGUAAUAAAUCCCAUUAUGGAAACACUGCAGCGUUAUAAAGGGAUAUAGUUUGAAUUCUGUGGAGUGUAAUUUUGUGUAUGAAUUAUAUCUUUAAAAUAUUGAAGAGUUUUCAGAAAGAGGCUAGGAGAGUUAAUUACUGGGUUAUUAUGCUAAGCAGCAAUUCUGUUGAUAUUACACUAUUUCGUUAGGCAUUUUUAAUAACACUAGAAAGGACAACCUUGAUAAAACUCAUCUUUAAUUACAGCAUGACUGAUAGUAAAACUGAAUGGUUCAUAAAUGAAGAACAGAUUAUUUAAUUUUUAAAUGCAGCGUAAAAGUAUGCGCUGUGGAAAUCUUACGGUCAACAAGUUGAUGGAGAAAAUGCCUUCAGUUGAUCAAGUAUUAAAAAAGUGGUAUACAAAUUGAGGGAGACUAAUGUUGCUGCAGGAAAUGGAAACAAAUACAGAUAUUUAACAAAGAUGAAAGUCUACAAUUUGUAAACUUCAAGCAAAAUUCAUUUGACAUCGAACACACUGUAAUAGGCACAGGUUCAACAAAGGUGGAUGUUGCCUUCCUCGGAAAUUAACUGAAACUGAUCUAGCCUCUUAACUAAAUACCAUGAUGAUAAGCUGUGUGAAAUUAGAUAGUAUGACCAUAUGUGGGGGGAUGUUGUUUUAAAGUGUUUAUAGGGAAAGAAGUCUGCAGGUAAUUUUUUACUCUUGCGGCAUAAUCAGUAAUUGGCCUGAUAUCAAGGCUUCAUAUCUUGUAAACUAGAGGCAUAAUUUAGGUAUUCUAUAGUUGUUUAGAAUUUGAGAAUAUAGACCUUGAAAAACCAAGGUGUUUCAGAAGGGCAUCAACAUAUUUAGGCCUUUAGGUUAAUAUUAUGCCAAAUUAUGAGCGAAUAGCACUUGAAUUACCUAAAAGUUUAUUAUAAUCCUGAAGAGGUCUAAGUAGUAUCUUGGUAAUUGAGGAGAACUUUUCAUUCUACCUUAGCGUAAAUGCAGAUGGAAAUCCAGUGAAGGAGGUGUAGUGAAUUCUGUAUAAGUAAGAUUGUAUCACUUUAUUCCCUUUUUGUGGUAAGAAUCUAAUUUAGUUUGAAGAGACAAAUUUCAUGUGAAGGUUUUUUAGCCAUCAAGCAGUACUAUCACCUACUCAUGCACAAAACUACCUCCCAAAGACUUGUCCUAAGUCCCUUACCUCAAAAAAUUAAGAGUAUAAUGGAAGAUAGCCCGAUCUUGUCAAAUUGGACAAAUGACAACAAACAAAAGAUGAAGUAUGACCUUUCCUGUGAACUGUACAGAAUGUCUACAUAUUCAACUUUCCCCACUGGUGUUCCUGUCUCAGAAAGGAGUCUUGCUCGUGCUGGUUUUUAUUACACCGGUGUGAAUGACAAGGUCAAAUGCUUCUGUUGCGGCCUGAUGCUGGAUAACUGGAAACAAGGAGACAGUCCUAUUGAAAAGCAUAAACAGCUAUAUCCUAGCUGCAGCUUUGUUCAGAAUCUGGUUUCAGCUAGUCUGGGAUCCACCUCUAAGAAUAUUUCUCCAGUGAGAAGCAGUUUUGCACAUUCAUUAUCUCCCACUUUGGAACAUGGUGGCUCAUUCGGUGGUUCUUAUUCCAACCUUUCACCAAACCCUCUCAAUUCUAGAGCAGUCGAAGACGUCUCUGCAUUGAGGACUAACCCCUACAGUUAUGCAAUGAGUACUGAAGAAGCCAGAUUUCUUACUUACCGUUUGUGGCCUUUAACUUUUCUGUCGCCAUCAGAAUUGGCAAGAGCUGGUUUUUAUUAUAUAGGACCCGGAGAUAGGGUAGCCUGCUUUGCUUGUGGUGGGAAGCUAAGUAACUGGGAACCAAAGGAUGAUGCUAUGUCAGAACACCGGAGACAUUUUCCCAACUGUCCAUUUUUGGAAAAUUCUCUAGAAACUCUGAGGUUUAGCAUUUCAAAUCUGAGCAUGCAGACAUAUGCAGCUCGAAUGAGAACAUUUAUGUAUUGGCCAUCUAGUGUUCCAGUUCGGCCUGAGCAGCUUGCAAGUGCUGGUUUUUAUUAUGUGGGUCGCAAUGACGAUGUCAAAUGCUUUUGUUGUGAUGGUGGCUUGAGGUGUUGGGAAUUUGGAGAUGAUCCAUGGGUAGAACAUGCCAAGUGGUUUCCAAGGUGUGAGUUCUUGAUACGCAUGAAAGGACAAGGGUUUGUUGAUGAGAUUCAAGGUCGAUAUCCUCAUCUUCUUGAACAGCUAUUGUCAACUUCAGAUACUCCUGGAGAUGAAAAUGCUGAUCCACCAAUUGUUCAUUUUGGAUCUGGAGAAAGUGCUUCAGAAGAUGCAGUCAUGAUGAAUACACCUGUGGUGAAAUCUGCCUUGGAAAUGGGCUUUAGUAGAAGCCUGGUAAGACAGACAGUUCAGAGCAAAAUCCUAACUACUGGAGAGAACUACAAAACAGUCAAUGAUAUUGUAUCAGCUCUUCUGAAUGCUGAAGAUGAAAAAAGAGAAGAGGAAAAGGAAAGGCAAGCUGAAGAAAUGGCAUCAGAUGACUUGUCAUUAAUUCGGAAGAAUAGAAUGGCUCUCUUUCAGCGGUUGACAUGUGUGCUUCCUAUCCUGGAUAAUCUUUUAAAGGCCAAUGUAAUUAAUAAACAGGAACAUGAUAUUAUUAAACAAAAAACACAGAUACCUUUACAAGCAAGAGAACUGAUUGAUACCAUUUUAGUGAAAGGAAAUGCUGCAGCCAACAUCUUCAAAAACUGUCUAAAAGAAAUCGAUUCUACGUUAUAUAAGGACUUAUUUGUGGAUAAGAAUAUGAAGUAUAUUCCAACAGAAGAUGUUUCAGGUCUGUCACUGGAAGAACAGUUGAGGAGGUUACAAGAAGAAAGAACUUGUAAAGUGUGUAUGGACAAAGAGGUUUCCAUUGUAUUUAUUCCUUGUGGUCAUCUGGUGGUGUGCCAGGAAUGUGCCCCUUCUCUAAGAAAAUGCCCCAUUUGCAGGGGUAUAAUCAAGGGUACUGUUCGUACAUUUCUCUCAUAAAAGAAAAAUAGGCUGUAUCUUAAGUUAUAUAGAAAAGUAUUUAACAUAUUGUUGAACAUACAAUGCUAUUUGAAUGAACCAUUGGUUCUUUAGUUAGUAACAUUUGUGUUGUAAUCUGCUUUGGUACUAAUAAUCUUAUUUCUAAACAGGUAGUUUAUAUCAUAUUUAAUCUUAACCUGUGUAUUUACAAGAGAGGAUUUAUGUUUGAUGAGCUACAUAAGUGUAUAUUGUUAUCUGUCACUUUAGGUGUUACUGGAUUUGGUAUUCCUUCUGAAAGCUUUGAGUACCACUGCCACAAUAUAGGAUAGAGUAAAAGAACUGGAAAUGUAAACUCUGAAGUUCAGUUACUAUGCCAAAUUCUUUUUGGCACUUUUCACAUAUGUUAUAAAAUAAGGAUUUUUCUCUUCCUAGUAAAUAAGUUCCCCUAUUCUCCCUUAGUUUGUGAGAACAUCUUAAUAAAGUACUUUAAAAAGAGUAUACCAUCAAAAUGUUUUUUCUGUCCUGAUUUAAAAAUUAAUUUUCUUGUGUCUUCAUUGUACUUUACUCAAAUGCUAGCUAUUCAGAGUUAAAUUUAUGAAACAAAUUACUAAGAAAUAUUUUUGGGCUGGGCGCAG